AUGGGCAAUGGUAUUGGGUGUGUGAUUUGCAAAGAAAGGUAUUACUAUGGUCAAAAAAUGUGUUAUAAAUGUGGCUCUUCUUGUUCCGAAUGCAAAGAUUCAAUUUCAUGUUACGAAUGUUCAAAUGAGUACUUUUCAGACAAUACAAAUAAUGAUGGAUUGUCGUGUACCGAAAACUAUUUGAUUAAAUUUAAUCGGAUUGGUAUCCCAAUUAUAGUUAUUGCAAUAAUUGUUGUGAUAAUUAUGUUGAUAAUAAUUUGUGUUUUCUUAUAUGUGUAUAAUCACAACAAAACCAAAAAAAGAACGCAAAAUGUUUGUGUUUUUAAAAUAAAAAAUUCGAAUAUCAUUUUCAUUAAAUUGUUAAAGGAAAUAUCAACAAACAAACCAGAGUUGUUAUUUGGAAGUGAAUAUGAAAAUGGAGAGAUUCCAGUUAAUGAAUACAGUCGCGAAUUGUUGUGUCUUGGGAACACAUCAAAACAUAAUAUUAAAGUGCAAUUAAAAAUGAUAGAAGGAAAUGAUGUUUAUGAAAUAAAAUCAGAUCCACUUUUUGUAACAAUUAAACCAUAUCAUGCAUGUGAAUUUGAAAAAUCUUUAAAGCCAAAUUAUACUUCAAAAAUUAAAGACAAAAUUGCUUGUGCAACUUUGAAUAUCAACAAAGGGACGGAAGAAGUGAUUGAAAUACCCAUCAAAGCAACUACUAUAAUGUCAUAUCGUCUCGAUUACCACGAGUUGAUUGAAGAUGAAAAGAUAGGAAAAGGGUCAUUUGGAGUUGUUUAUAAAGGCACCUUCAGAGGAAAUGUUGUUUGUAUCAAAAAGAUGAAAGAGUUGUUAGUUGAAAAAGAAUCAAAUGAUAAUGAAUUUGAAAAGGAAGUUGAAACGUUAGUAAAAUUCCGAAGUGAGUAUAUCGUCCACUUUUAUGGUGCUGUGUUUAUACCAAGUAAAGUGUGUAUGGUCACUGAAUUCGCACAAUAUGGAAACAUUAAACCAGACAAUAUUCUCGUGUUUUCACUCGAUUUAUACAGCAAAGUGAACGCAAAACUGACAGAUUUUGGAAGUAGUCGAAAUGUCAAUAUGAUGAUAACAAACAUAUCAUUCAUCAAAAGUAUUGAAAAACCUGUGUACAUAGCUCCUGAGAUAUUGAAUAAAGAGAAAUACAAAAUAUCUUCGGAUAUCUACUUUUUGGCGUCACCAUGUAUGAAGUAUUUGGAUAGAAAGAACUAUUCAAUAAAAAACAAUUCAAAUUUCCUUGGAAAAUCGCAAAAGUGUUGGGAUGAUGAGCAAAUAAAACGGCAAUUGAUUACAAUUGUUGUACAAAAACUCGAAACAAUUAAUUUACAUCAAUAA